AUGUCCGGGUCCGCCCCCGCAUUCAGGCAGUUGGUCAAUGCCUCCCGUAGCACAGUGUCCGCUGUUGUCCCUGGGCCGCUUCACUCAAUCCAGCGGGGGGCUUCACAUAGCUCCGCGAGAAGCCGCAACAUCGUUUCCAGUACAAAGUCUCGCUUACUGCCCGAAUUUUCGCUCAAGAACAAAGUAGUGGUUGUGUCCGGUGGUGCCCGAGGACUGGGCCUUGUCCAGGCAGAGGCCCUGCUCGAGGCAGGCGCAACAGUCCACGCUAUUGACAGGCUCCCCUCUCCUGCCAAUGAUCUCAGUUCGCCCUUCUCGGAAGUCUCCCAGAGGGCAAAGGACGAGCUUGGUACUGCUUUAACUUAUCACCAAGCAGAUGUCAGGGAUGUUGCGCUUUUAAACAAAAUCAUGGAAAACAUCGCCAACCAGUCUAAUCGCCUGGACGGACUUAUUGCAGCAGCAGGCAUCAAUCACGAGACCCAGGCUCUGGAGCAUAGCGCCGACGUGGCCAAUCGUAUAAUGAGCAUUAACGUUACAGGCGUCUUCAUGACAGCACAGGCAGCCGCUCGUCAAAUGGUUCGUCUCAAACAGCCAGGUAGCAUUUGCCUCAUCGCCAGUAUGAGUGGCACCAUCGCCAACAAGGGCAUGUACGCACCGGCAUACAAUGCAUCGAAAGCAGCCGUCAUUCAAUUAUGCAGGAGUCUGGCGGCGGAAUGGGGCCAGCAUGGCAUCAGAGUAAACUCCCUCUCGCCGGGCUAUAUUAUGACCCAGAUGUUACAGAAUCUUUUCGACGACUUUCCCGAGCGCAAGGUCUUAUGGCCGACAGAAAACAUGCUCAACCGCCUGAGCAUGCCUCAUGAGUUCCGCGGUGCAGCUGUGUUUCUGCUGAGUGAUGCCAGUAGUUUCAUGACGGGUAGUGACCUUCGUAUCGACGGAGGCCAUGCAGCUUGGUGA